CGAACUUCGAUAUCGAACCAUCGCACUCGAGCUCUCGAACUCUCAUAAUAUAUAAUGUUGUCCUGUUUACUCGUAUCCAAUCCUUAAGUGUUAUCUGUCCACUGUCAUCUUGGACAGAUUUCCAGUAUCAGAAAGGGCCUUGCAGUUAUUAACGUCCUCAGUCACUCAGGCUCAGGGGUUGUCCUUCUUAUCCGAACGCAUACUUAAGUACUGUCUACAAAACUCUUCUUUCCUCUAACAUGCUUUUCAACGAGGCAGCGUGUUUCAGUAUGCGAGUGCCGAAGGAAACCAUUCAGACAUGGUUGACUCAUGGAGGCAGAAUCUAUCCUGGAGGAACCACCACUGUCGCUCGCAAAGACGAGUGGACAAGCAUACUUUGCAGAAGACCUGAUGGCUUUGAUGCUGGGCUGCCUUUCAGUCGUAUGGGAAUCCAAGAUCACACACUCGCCUCUGUAGUAUCCCCUCGAUAUCCACAACGGGUAUCUCGCCCUUUUGUGCCGCGGAGUCAGCUACAAACACCUCCCUGCAUCCUGCCUGAACACAGCCCCGCCUACCCCAAUGCACUGCAUAGUGAAUCAGGAGACAGUCUCCUGCGACGUCCACGUAAAUGCCAUAUGCUUGCGGAGCUAUCAUCAUCAUCAGCAGAAAGUUCAUGCGACAUUGCGAUUACAGAAGUACACAACUCCGCAGUCACUAAACGUAACCAUGACACUAGAUCAACUCAUGUUGUUACACCCGAUAUGUGCGUUGCAAAUACUCCUCCCGAUAAUCCCGUGUCAUCCGCUCCCCGUCACCUUACCCCAUCCUUCAAAGCUAUGUCAAAAUACAAAUCUCAGGGGCAUGAGAAGGCUGGUGACCUCAACUUGAAUUACGCCUAUGAACGUACCUCUGAAUUUACUCUCACCGCGAACGGUACCAGUCCUGUUGCGUGUCCGAAGGACUCUCCUCCUGUACCGGCGAUCGACUUCACCCGACUGCAAUUUCCUUCCAGGAACAGUUUGCGCUUUCCUCUUCUACGUUUAGAACCAGUCACUACAGCUGCCAAAGUCGGGAGCAGGGGGGAAGGUGAAAAUUCUGCUAGGCCGCCGGCAGCCUCAAAUCACACUCCCAACCGGUUUGCGCAGGAUGCACCAGGAGCUUGCAGUAGCAGAAAUCAUGAAGAUACGGAAGCCGCAUUGCCCGUCACACGCCAAGACACAAAACGUGCUACAGCGCUAUGGGAGAGCAAUGCGAUGUGGAAGGGUAUGAGAUUUUGGCAUGAAGACCUGAAAAAGCCGACGUGGAAUGCAGAUGCAGAUAUGCAGUAUCAUAGGAGAUUUUAAAUGUGCAUCCAUGUCGACCUCGACCGAGCUUCGUCGAGCCAGGGAGACUUGUAACUUGUUAUUGGCUGUACCACCUAUGCCAGAAGCUUUAUAAAUUCUGGAGAUGAAGGA